AACCCAAUUCCGGCGUGUAGUCGUGUACGAAUUACGAUGGAAGUAAACUAAGCCAUUUAUCGCUCUCACUCAGGAAAGGGCGCUAGGGUUUCAGUCCUUCUGAGCAAACAAUCGAAUCGAUCAGAGAGAGAGAGAGAGAGAGGGAGAGAGAGAAGAUGUGGCACGAGGCGAGAAGGUCGGAGAGGAAGGUCCACGACAUGAUGGACGCGGCUCGAAAGCGAGCUCAGAGACGAGCCGUGUUCUUGGCCAAGCGGCGCGGCGAUCCUCAGCAGUCGAUCCAGGCCAUCGGCGCUCGCUCCCGCGUGUACCGCGACGACGCCCUCUACCAAGCCACUCAGGAUCAGCAAGGCCUGAUACCGUGGAAUGGUAAACAGGAUAUUUUGAUUGAUAGAUUUGAUGGCCGUGCCCUUCUUGAUUUCAUUCGGGAUCCUGGAUCCCGGCAUUUUCGGGUCCCGGAGAAGUCAGAAGAAGAAGAAGAACUAGAAGAGUUUGUUAGUUUUGAGCGUUAUCGGGAUUUAAUUAAGCAUCGACGUAGAGGAUUUACUGAUGAGGAAGGUUUGCAACAUGUAAACCAAGAGAUGGAAGCAAAGGCCGUUGCUCCUUUUAUAUCAGACAGAUUUCAGCCACAGCCUCCUGCAAGCAAGGGUUCUUAUUCGCAGGUGGGCUUUUCCUAUGAAGGGGAUGGGAAAGAGGAAGCCCAUCUUUCUGAUGCUGAUGAUAAUGAUGAUGACGGCGACGAAGAUGAUGAUGAGGAUUUCAACAGUGAUGAUAGCAAUGAUGAAGAGAUGGAUAUUAUAGCAAAAGAAUUUGGUGUAAAAAGGUAUGGAUGGCUUGUUUACAUGGAUAAAAAGGCCAAGGAGGAAGAGAAAAGGCAAAAGGAAGUUAUCAAAGGCGAUCCUGCAAUUAGGAAGCUGAGUCGUAAGGAAAGAAGGAAAGUUUCUCAAAUAGAAAGGGAGAGAGAAAGAGAAGUUGCACGGGUAACUGGAGCCAGAGUGCUCCAUCAUGAUCCGUACAGGGAACCUAGGCGAAGCCCAACAUAUGAAGCUUAUCCACGUUCUAGAAGAUCGAGAUCACGGUCAUACUCCCCAUCAUAUUCAAGGCGUUAUCCUCGUGGAGGGCAUUAUGAUGAUGUUCAUAGAAGCAAGCCAAGGACACCUAAAAUCGAAUUCAUUACUGAAUUUGGGGGUUCUGGUGAUGGGGAUGAACCAAAGCUUGAACGAUUUUCUCCACCACCAUCUCCACAAUCUCAGGCUGACUUGUUAAACCGGCCGUCAUCUGGUCGUAUACUUGAGGCACUGCAUGUUGAUCCUGCAUCUGGUGUAUCCCUUGAUAAGGAAAAGAGUGCUAAAGUGUUGAAACCAUCAGUGAGCACAACUUCGGCAAUUGCAAAGUUAACUAAGGCAAGUACUUCUGGGGGGCCCUUAAAUAAACAACCGGUGGAGAAGAAGGAAACUCCUCAAGAACGACUUAAAAGGAUUAUGAGCAGACAGCUGAACAAACAGAUUAAAAAGGAUACUGCUACUGAGAUGGCUAAAAAACGAGAACAGGAGCGCCAGAGGCUUGAAAAGCUUGCAGAAACAAGCCGCUUAAGUCGAUAUAGGCAUCGGAGCCGCAGCCACAGCCGCAGCGAGAGCAACAGCCGGUCUCCUCCAAGAAGACACCGACAUAGUAGAAGUCCAAGUAGAAGCAGGAGUUCCCGAAGAUAUUAUUCCCGAUCUCGAUCUCGCUCUCGCUCUCAUUCUCGCACUCGUUCCCCUUCUCGCUCCUGCUCCCGUUCCCCAAGGGUAAGAAGCCAUUCAAGGUAUCGAUAACUGAUAUUGCUGUAAAAUUGGCAGUCAGGUGUCUUAUCUUGUGUAUCGAGUCUUUUGUAUUAUCAGAAUGUAACAGUGGGCAGCAUCACACAGUUGCUUCAAUUAGUAAGGUCGUGUCGUUGUGAGGGAAGAUUUAGUAUGAAUCCUUUGUUUAAUUCAGUUGCAAUCUCUCCCUGUUUGAGACUAUUAUUAAUUGGUUUACUUAUAUGCUUUUGUAAUAUAUUAA